AUCCUUUUUUGUUAGCUAUCUCAAAAAUCAUACUAUAAGAACAAACCUUGAUUCCAAAACUCACACACACAAUCAACCACUUUCCCUUUUUUUUUUCAUUCGUCUCAAUUUCUCUCAUGACGAGUUGUAGUGGAAGUCUCAAACUAGAGAUCCACACCGACGACAAGACGCCGGGAAAGUGGAGCGUACCUCUCGGCGAUGAUGUUUUCCGAAGGUUCUUGAGCGGGGGAGGAGGCUCCGAGAAGGCUGUGUUUGGUGAGGGAUCUCUUUUUAGCCCGUUUUUGUUCGGGAAGUACUUUGAUCCAUCAGAUGCGUUUCCCUUGUGGGAGUUUGAGGCUGAGGUUUUGCUGGCGAGCCUUAGGAGCUUAGGAGGACAGUGUAGAGUCGAUUGGUCUCAGACCGAUCUAGCUUAUGUCCUUAAAUCUGAUAUCCCCGUGGUGGGAAAAAAUAACGUGCAGGUGUAUGUGGACGUUAACGGAAAAGUGAUGGAGAUUAGUGGCCAGUGGAACAACAACAAGAAAGCGGCGGCUAACGGUGACUGGAGAAGCGGCCGGUGGUGGGAACAUGGCUACGUCCGCCGGCUCGAGCUCCCUUGCGAUGCCGACGCCAAAAACUCUGAAGCUUUCCUCUCCAACAACGACGAUUACUCUUUCUUAGAGAUCCGUAUCCCUAAGAUUAAUUCUAAGAACAAGUUUUAAUCUGAUGUGGGCUUGAUGAGUAUUAACGUUAGAUUCUUAUCUUGAUUUUGUUUUCUUUAACUAUUAUUGUAAAAUGAUCUGUGAUGAAUUUCUGUGGUGGAGACACAAUGGAUGAAUGAUAUGAUAUAUAUAUAUAUACA